AUGUUUCAGCGUAUGUUGAACGGCGGAUCCCACCGCCAGCGCCUGGAGCUGCACUCCGCCAUGGUCGCAAUGGAGUCCCCCAUCCCCUCCACGCGCCGCAUGUCCCUCCAAAUCGACGAUCUUGAGCGGCCGAUGCACCGAAACAGCGCCUACAACGGUCAGGAUGUGUUUGGACGACCAAGCGGGCAGCCCCUCAUGCAACCACAGCUCGAAGCGGGUUUCGACCAUUCUGCUUCGGCUGUGCGCACCCAAACGCCAGCGCCAGCACCAGCGCCAGCGGCGAGUGCGGCGCCGGGGGCGACGGACUGGGCGUGUCUCUACGCGCCGCACAACGAUCCUUCCCGCCGCCGCCGGUCGCUGGACUGCAUCCGCUCCGCGCGCAAAUCCGACCGUUCCGCUGUUGCUAUUAACGCGGUGAAUGACGCGAGCAGCGUGGACGCGCGUAGCCAAGCGCUGCACGCCGCGAACGGCGCGGGUGGCGCGGGAUCCGACAGCGAGGAGGAGGUCUGCAGCACCCGCGCGGAGCGUCGGGGAACAGCCGCUGCGCAAACAUUGCGCCAACCGCGGAACGUUUUUGUCACGAACCCGUGGCAGGCGGGGACAGUCUCUGGGGAUAUUGCCGCGGGGGUUCAGAGGGGCCAGGCGGGAGGCGCGCGGCGGGGAGGAACUAUUAACGACUGCGCUAUGGAUGUGGAUGGGGGGGACGGAUGGGGGGGAGUGGAGGCUUGGGGAGGAGUGGAGCAGGCGAUGCACCCCGCGGGGUUGAUGCAGGCGCGCGCAGCCAUGGUGGCGCAAGGCGGGGGGAUUGGCGGCGCACAGCCGCAUGCAGUAGCAGGCUCGCACCGGGGGGCGGUGAUGUCGAACCCCUGGGCCAGCUGA